AUGUCAGACCCCUCGUACAUCAUCGUCGGAGCUGGCGUCUUCGGCGUCUCGACGGCGUUGCAUCUCAUCCGCAAGUACCCGCACUCCCACAUCACCCUCAUCGACCGGGACGGCCCGGACGCGCCGACCGUCGUGCGGGCCGACUACACCGACAUAACCUACAUGCGCCUCGCGCUCGAGGCCCGCGACGUCUGGAAGUCCGACCCGCUGUGGCGGCCGUUCUACCACGAGACCGGCAUCUUCUGGGUGGCGCGGUCGGCGUUUGCCGGUCGGGUCGUGCAGAACUACCGGGAGCUUGGUGUGCGGGGUGAGCUGUAUGCUUGUACGGUGGAAGAGGCCCGUGGGGAGCACGGUGGUUUGUUUGUGGAUGGGGACUACCAGGAUAUCACCGAGGUGCUGGUCAAUAAGACGAGCGGCUUGGCCGAUGCGAAGGAUGCGCUGAAGAGGGUUAUUGAGGAGGCCCUGAUGCUUGGGGUGACCUUUGUUGGGGCAGAGGUUGAGGGCCUCGAGUUCGAGGACGGAGAGCGAGGUGCUUGCACGGGGGUCAGGACGAAGGCCGGAGACACGAUCACGGCCGAGAGAACAAUUCUUUGCACAGGCGCCUUCACACCGAGGUUGUUGAUGGACAGCGCUCCAGAACGACCGGAUCUUCAUGCCGGAGACAGAAUCGUCGCCACGGGCAUUACAGAGGCCGUGGCGCCUCUGACCAAGGAACAGUUUCAGAAGUAUCGUGAUAUGCCUGUCACGUCAACGGACAACCCCCCUGGGAGAGGCGUCGACAACGGCUGCCUGCCUUACAAUAAAGAGGGCAUGCUCAAGUUCUGGGGCCAGACCAUCUUCAGAAACACACACCAACAUCAUUCCACGAAGACGCCGCUGUCGAUGCCGCCGCCAGACCCGGAUUAUGCGCAAUGGAACGUGCCGAAGCGGUUACAGGACGAUGUCGGCGUCGGCAACGGAACCAUCUUCGGCCGCAACGCAGAGGCCCUGAAGAUGGAGCAGUUUAGGAUCUGCUGGGAGGCCGUGACGCCCAGCAAUGACUUCAUCAUAUCGCCGCACUCUGCCUGUGAAAAUCUGUACGUCGCGACUUGCGGAUCUUUCCACGGCUUCAAGUUCUUCCCAGUUCUGGGUAAAUACGUCGUUGAGAUGCUUGAUGGAUUGCUGGAUCCGGCUCUGCAGCAGAAAUGGGCCUGGGAUCGGACGCUGCCGCCCAUAGACGACAACGACCACUGGCCAAAGAAGGAGCUCAGAGAUCUCUUCUGA